CGUCACAUUGACGUAGCGCAUACCAGGCUGCCUAUGUAGAAGGCAGACGCGCAUAAAUGUGCUAUUGGACUUUCUCUCUCUCAGCGUUACACAUAAACAAAGGCACAUUGCAACUUCAUACCGGCGCGUCUUUCUUUUCCGUAGCCACUUCAUGCCGAGCCGGUUACAGUGGAACUGAGCGGAGCACGGAGUACUUUUUUUCCACUCUUAUUCUAAAAGAGAAAUAAAAACACAAAUAGAGAUAGCUUUUUUUUAAGGAAACCUGGUUAUCUUUUGCGACCCACAAAAUCUACUUGAUUCAUCUGAAUUUUUAAACAUUUCUGCACAACUCUAUUGGAUAUGCGCAGGGAAUUACUAGGGGUCUAAAACAUAUGUAAAGACGGAACCGUCACAGCAAACAACAGACCCCGGUUCGGAAGAGCGCCUGCAACCGAGCUCUGAGUCCCGGCUCCCGGAUACGUGCACCGUCGCGCGAUCUGCUACAGCGCCGAACCCCCGCAGCGCCCCACCUCCGCCCUCCAAACCCAGCACGAUUCAGCGAGCAAAAGGUCAACCAGAUCGAUGGCCUUGUGACAAUGAGCAGGAGGUCACAGUCUUUGGAACAGCUCCGUUUUGUCCAUCUAAAAUGCUCUCCUCGAGACAUGCCCUGUGUUCAGGCCCAGUAUGGCCCCACCCCCCCAGGGUCAAGCUACUCCGCCCAGUCCUUCGUCUAUCCCGGCGAAUACCAUGGUAGCGAGUUAAUGGCACCGGACUACGCUAAAUGUGAUCUGGGUGGUGGAGAGAUCUCAGCAGCAGCAGCUACCACAUCACUGCCCAGCUUUAAUGUGUUCGUCGAGGGCGGCUUUGAGCCCAAACCCUCGUGCUUGUACCAGAUGUCAAUGCCACAACGGUCCACCAUUAAGAAGGAAGAGGAGAGUUAUGCAUCGGUCGACGAAGCCAUGGCCACCGGGUCCAUGUAUUUUAAGCAGUCUCCACCUUCGACUCCACCCACACCACUCCACCCAGGCCCGGCUGGCACCUCUUUCCUAUGGGAGGAGACUCACAGUCUACCUCUGGUGCCCCAAACAUGCUCACGCUUUGCCCAUUUCUAUGACCAGACAGCACAGUCUGUACCCUCUUCCAGCAGCUAUGAGGCACCCAUGGGCUUGCCGAUCCGGCCCGAGCGCUCUCCUUCAUCUUCUUCCUCGCACCCACCUCCCAGCCUGGAGCCACACUCACACGGGCACUCACAUGUAUACCCACUGAAUGUAGGCAAACCAGGAGGCCUGGGCUUCCGUUCUCUGGGCAUGGGGCCAUGCCCACAGUCACUCCUAGGAGAGAGCUUGUCAUCACCACCUGGACGUGCCACCUCUGGGGAGGGCACAUGCGCUGUGUGUGGAGACAAUGCCGCCUGCCAGCAUUACGGUGUUCGCACAUGCGAAGGCUGCAAGGGAUUCUUUAAGAGAACAGUGCAGAAGAAUGCAAAGUACGUUUGUUUGGCUAGUAAAAACUGCCCAGUGGACAAAAGGAGACGAAACCGUUGUCAGUACUGCCGCUUCCAGAAAUGUCUCAGUGUGGGCAUGGUAAAGGAAGUCGUACGGACAGAUAACCUGAAGGGGCGGAGAGGGCGUUUGCCAUCGAAGCCGAAGAGUCCGCUGCAGCCUGAGCCGUCUCCGCCAUCACCCCCUCUCAGCCUGGUCAACGCUCUCGUCCGAGCUUACUCACAGUCCAUCCCCAGAGAGCUUGACUACAGCCAGUUCAGUGCGGUAGAGACGGGAACUUUAGCCGAGGCUCAGCAGAUUCAGCUUUUCUACCGCGUCCUCACCGGCUCCAUGGAGGUGACGCGUCGCUGGGCCGAGAGGCUCCCCGGAUUCACCGAGCUCCACCACGAUGACCAGAGUCUGCUUAUAGACUCAGCCUUCCUUGAACUCUUUGUACUUCGCCUGGCCAACAGGUCGUUGUUGGCAGAGGAGAAGUUUGUAUUCUGCACAGGCCUGGUGCUCCACAGGCUGCAGUGUCUUCGAGGUUUCGGGGAAUGGCUCGACUCAAUCAGAGACUUCAGCUCUCAUCUUCAGAGUCUCAGCCUGGACUUACCUGCGUUCUCUUGCCUGUCGGCCCUGGUGCUGCUCACAGAACAAUGUCCUGGCCUCAAGGAGCCCAAGAAGGUGGGAGAGCUACAGUCCAAGCUCGACUGCUGCCUCCGCGACCACCUGAGCUCCGGCGGCGCCACGAGUGUGGCCGCAGCAGGCAAAGCCCCACCCCCAGUGGCUGCCGUUAUGGGCCUGAGGGCAGAGCUUAGGUCACAGCGCACUCAAGGCCUACAGAGGAUCUUCUAUUUAAAGUUGGAAGACCUUGUCCCACCUCCACCACUCAUCGACAGGUUCCUGGACACACUGCCCUACUAAAAUAGACACGCCCCUGUAGCACGUCCGGUUAUGCCCACAGGCUGGGGACACAACACAGAGGACAGAGCCUGAAGAGAGACUCAAUGAACUCGAUUUACUCUCAAGAGGCUCCAGAUGUACACUCUUUCCACCUCAGCUCUGUGUCAGAUAAUCUGUGUGUUUGUGUGUGUGUGUGUGUGUGAGCGUGUGUGUGUGUGUGUGUGUGUGAGAGAGAGAGUGAAUGGGUGGGUGUGAUGUGGGUGUAAGAAAGGGAGCAGAGAUGUGGACUGCGGUUCGAUGUGUGUGUGUGUAAACGAGAGAAAUAAAUUGAAAGAUGGAAGGUUAGAAGGUUUCUAUUCAGUCACAAAGCAGUCAGGAUGCUCCACAUCCACUUACACACACUUACACAUGAUACACAAUGGACAUAAACAGAAGCCUGUGUGUGUGACAGUGUAUAUGCGUCUCUGUGGAAAGCUUGAGGCGAAACGAAUCAACAGACAUCCAGACAAAGUGCAUUAAAUUCUAACCACUGAAUCACACUCCCAAAACUGCAUACAAGUGCAAUUUACUAAGUGCUAUUUAAAAAAACAACAAAAAAAAAACAACAAAAAAAAACAAACAAAAAAACAAGGAUUAGACAGAAGAGUAGGAAAGACAACACAGGAGAGUGUGUGUUCCAUUUCUAUUUCAACUCUAAAUUAUUUUAAUACUACGACUCACCCUGUGAAGUAACGAUCUCAAACCAGGCAGAUUUCUCACGCACCAGUCUGCUCACUAACUCUUGCAACUCUUGAGCAAGUUCUACAGACUUGAAAAUACUGUAGAGUUUUUAUUUUAUUAUUUCUUACCUGGUUUUUGCAAACUAGGAAAUUUUAGUGUUAGGAGUGUAGAGCUUAAAAAGAGCGCAAGGGGAGCAUUUGGGCUACAAGCACUUAAAAAUGUAAGAAAAGAGAGAGGGAUGUGGCACGGAAGAGGGAAUGAUAGAGCGGGAAAGAGGGUGGGAGGGAUGAAACAUUCCGUGCUCAUGCUCUAUUUUAUAAGUUUCUAUUGUUAACACCAUCUAUUAAUAUGGAGGACUUCGUUCCAAAAAAAGUUGUCUUUUAUUUGUAAAAACAGAAUAACAGAUUAUAUGCAUGGUUUUCUCUUUUUUCGCCUUUCUUGCCUGUAUUUAUUUUGUUUGCGAAAGACGGCCAGCUCCACAAAGGGCUCGGACACAUUCACAGACUGGGCUUUUCCGCUAACAUCGCCCAAAGGCAACCAUUUGCGACAAAUGGAGAAUUAUAUAAAUAUAUAAAUAUAUAUAUACACACAAUACAAAACUAAUAUUUUGAAGUGUUUUUAUCCAAUAGAUUUUUCAAAUCUUGUGGUACGAGUUGUGCGUUUGUUUGUUUGUUUUUGUUUUGUUUUUUUUGUUCGUUCGGGUUACUUUUUUUUUAAAGAACAGAUGGGAUUACAAAAAAAAUGUCUCUUUUAGAUUUGUUUGGAUUACUUUUUUUUCUCUUUGGUUCACUGGAGGCUCUGUUCAGCACUUUGAAAUCAUAAAGAAAAAAAUGAUUA